UGGUUUUGAAUUUUCACACGUACGUAGAAGUACCAAAAUAUUCAGUGAGACGAUUGCGGAGACUCACUUUAAUUGGUUUUAGGUUUAGCUUACUGAUCCAGUUUUCUUUCUGUUACGUCUGUUUCAGUACUGAUUUGGUAUAACCAAAAGGAGAAUCAACCACACGAUGUCGGGAAUUGCUUAUCGCAAGCCUGAUUUGGAGCCGCAGGGAGAUCAGAUUCGGGGGAAAAAAGGGAAGAAAGCGAAGGCGAAAGAUAGUGCUCAUUCCAGUGCUAAUACAGCUGCUAUCCCAUCCGGCAACGAUCCUUUCUCAGGAAUUUUCGCUCCCACAAUGCCCCAUGGGAAUCCUGCAAAUACAGCGAACCAUUCUACCCUGGCACUAAACAACGCAGACCCGGUGGUCGAACAAGCAAAGGGAAAGCAGAAGAAGAAGGAAUUCAUUAAUAUGCUACAAGUACACGAAGGAAGCCUGGAAAUCAUCCUUCCCGGUCGUCAUCCAUGUCAGUGCCUUUGCACUAAACAUGACUUGAUCAAUAAUUGUCUUAGUUGUGGAAGAAUCGUGUGCGUUCAAGAGGGGUCUGGGCCGUGUUUUACUUGUGGACAAAUUGUGGGUACGGACGAAGAAAUUGCAGUAUUAAUGCGUGGCGGCUUAGACGCUGAAAAGCUGCAGAGAAAAAUGUUCGGCAGUGAGCAGCUUACCCUGGACUUUGAGAAAAUGAUAAAACUGGAUGCGAAUAAAUCGGAUACUUUAAUGAAAGCCGAAGCGCAGCGUGAUAAACUACUGGAAUAUGAUCGCACCGCGGCGCAACGGACGAGAAUCAUCGAUGAUCAGGCAGACUACUAUAGCGAACACGCAUUCAUGACGAAAGAGGAACGAGAAGCCAUCCGAAAAAAGGAAGCUGAACUAAGAAGUCAGCGAUUUCGGUCGGUUCUUGAGAGAAAGCACAAUAUGAGUUUGGAUUUCGCAGGUCGACAAGUGUCCUUCCAGAAGGAAGAUCGCGGUCCGGACAAUAUGUAUGCCGAUCCGGUCGAUGCGGAACCAUUGCGUAUUCCCGAGACCGUUCCGAACUUUUCAUUGUCUCGUGAUCCUGAUCAGUGGCAGAAGUUGUUCACUAGUUCCGUCGACCGAAUGCCCGCCCAUGCUUUGAUUCGCACUGAACGAACUUCUGCAUGCCGCGUGCAGGACCGCGAACUGUUGGAAAUGUGCGACAACGGUAUGGCGUUAUCCGUUCGGCAGCCUUGGGCCAGUUUCAUUACCAUGGGUUUAAAACUGCAUGAAGGUCGUGACUGGUAUACUGCGCAUCGAGGCAAGCUAUGGAUCGCCUCUGGCUCAAAGCUUCCUCCUCCCAAUGAAAUUAUAGAAGAAGAGAAUUUAGUUAAAGCUGUCACGGGGAAUGCGUUUAUUGUCUUUCCUGAGCAGUAUCUGACGGGAUUCCUCUUGGGUAGCGUGGAUGUUGUUGAUUGCAUUACGCAAGAAGAAUAUCAGAAACGUUUUCCAGGGGGACUCCUGAUGCAUCCUUAUAUAUUGUUAUUAGAAAACCCGCUUGAACUGACACAGAAGUUUCCGAUAGAAGGAAAGAGCAAGAUAUUCAAAAUGGACAUCAAACUGCAUCAGUUUGCGAAAGCUUAGCCACACAUUCCGCCUAAAUUUGUGUAUAAACCAAAACCAUAUGGCGAUAACGAUGAAGUAGGCUGACUGUAAAAUUUAGUGUUUUAAGGGUGUUUUGUAUUUUAUACUCACAGUGAUUGCGCCUGUGAUGAUGGUGUCUCGAAUUCCGUUGAAAUGAAAUGUGAAUAUUUUGCUCUUUAUUACCUACCGGCUAUCGAGCAGCUACUGUAUAAGCCAAACAAGAAUAUUGUAAACUGCCAACUGAUUCACUUAUGCAGCUGGUAUUCCGCUUCCGCUCUC